AUGGUUGCUGAAAUCACCUGCGCACAGGAUAACAGGAGCUGGGAACCUCAAGCCCAGCCCAGCCCAGCCGAGCCGCCGCAGGAGCGCUCCGCCAGUAGGUGUCUCUGCUCCUCGGGCGGCCUUGAGCAGCGCCCAACGUUGAGCGUGAGGCUCGUGCUCCGGGUCUCGCGCUCCGGGUCUCCCGGACGGCCGCCUCGGGCGUCGAGUCCCGGAGAUUGGACAGACACCAGAGCCCGGGGACCGCGGAGUGGCCGGGUGGGGCUGGAGGGCGGCGCCGCGCCUUCUGGGGAGACGCGGAGGUAUCAGGACCUGGGCUAUGCUCCUGAUUUUAUACAGACUGCCAUGGCUCCAGUUAUAAAAGACCAAAUAAAAAGUUACCUACCAGACACUGACUGUCUUAAACACCAAAGCACAAGAAUGCUCCAAAGAAGAGGUCUAUAUUGCUUGGCUCAUAUUAACUUCUGUUUAUUUUCUUAGGAUUAAGGCUCAAACAUUGUUGAAAAAUGUUCAAAUCCUACAAGACACUGACAUGCCAGUUCCUCAGCUUUGAUGGAGAAACCAGCUUUCUCUUCUUGCAGAGAUACUCUUCAUGAAAAGUGGAGCUCCAGGAAGAGUAGACAUGAGGAAAAUAUGAAUUUUUACAAAAGAAAAUGUAUGGUGCAAUUAUAAACUGUAGCAUGAACCCAUAAUUGGAAGUCUACAUCUCACGGUUAUAGUCAAGAAUUCUGGUACAUAUGAAAUAAGUUAUUUCAAAAUGGGAUUCAGGUGUUAUUUAGAAAUGCAUCUACUGAAAAGAAGCACACCAUAAAAAUUUAUGCUAAUUAUGGAUGAGAUAAUGGACAGUUUAAUCCAAAUUAUGAGUUGGAUUUGUCAGAUGUAGAGCCUCAAUCAGGUCACUUGAAAGACCAAAUGAUUUCCUUUUCAUCUGAAAGGUUCAGAGAGGAAGAUUUUGAAAAGACACUAUUGAAAUCUUCAAGGUAGCUGCUCCUAGCACAGCUUUGAUUUCUAAAAUAACUAGAAGGACUAUAGACCUACAUGAGGGGAGAGAAGAGAAACUAAAGAAUUGUUAGAAAACGUAAGUAUUCUUUACUUCUAGUACCACUCCACGCUUUGUGAAAAAAAUUAUUUUAUGAAGUCAAGAAGUAAAUCAGAAGAAACACCAGGGAAAGUCAACACAAACUGGUUUAUCUAAUACUUUCUCAGUCCAAUUUGCAAUGCACUGAUUUCCCUGCUAAACUGUGUCUAUAUACUGGGGGCUGGGAGAGGAGUAGGUUAAAAAUAAAUAUGAGUUGCAAGUCUUUCUCCUCGGGUUACUAAUAAUAUACCUGAAUUUUAUGUUUGUUUUUGUCUUCCUUUAUAGUUUUUGCAACUAGUGUAUAUAUGUCUAAACAAUCUAUUGCUUAAAUUUACAUAAUUUUCAACUUUACAUAUGUAGAAUCAUGCUGUUUGUUUUCUUCUGUACCUCAGUUUUUUUCACUAAAAAUUGUCUUCUGAAAAAUAAAAUUGGAGGUAUCAUACUUCCUGAUUUAAAAUUAUAUUAUGAAGCUUUAGUAAACAAAUCAGUAUAGUACUUACACAAAAACAGACACAGUGAAACAGAAUGGAGUCCAGAAAUAAAUUCAAACAUAUACAGUAAACUAAUUUUUGACAGAGACACCAAGAGGAUACAGUGGGAAAAGGAUAGGCUCUUCAAUAAAUAGUGCUGGGAAAAUUGAAUUUCCAUAUAUAUGUAAAAUUUAUAAAAUACAAGACCUAAAACUAUAAAAUUCCUUAAAGAGAACACAAAAAGCUCCUGGACAUUGGCCCUGGAAAUAAUUUUUUGGAUAUCACACUAAAAAAUGGAAAAAAAUGCUCAGGCUACAAAAGC